GCCGCCCGGCCCGGCCCCCCCGGCUCGGCGCGGCUCCGCUCGGCUCGGCGCGGCUCGCUCGGAGCGGGGCGGGCGGAGCCGCUGCCGGUGCCGGCCCCGUGGCGGAGCCGGGGUCCCUCCAUGCCGCCAUGGCCCCCCGCGCCCCCCGCGCCCCCCGCGCCCUGGCCCUGCUGCUGGCGAUCGGCGCCCUCGCAUCCGCGUGGCCCCCCCAAAACUCCAGCGCUGGCGAGGGGAGAGCCUGGGAGGGCUCUUUGGAGAGCAGCCCCCCGAAAUGGGACCUGGCGAGUGGAGACCCCCCGGGGGCACCCAGCAACAGCACGAGCGCCGGGGGGGCGGCGGCAGGACCCCAGCUAGAGCCCCCCGGGGGGGGCACGGCCACCACGGAGCCUUCGGCCGUGCCCGAGGGGUGCCCGGGGUGCGGCGGGGAGGGCGAGGCCAGCGCCGUGCCCCCCCGAGCCGUCACCUGGCCCGGGGCCGGGGGCACGGUGCCGGGGGCGCUCGGCAGCCCCGAGGAGCCGGGCAGCGGUGACCGACCCACGCCCGGCCCGGGGGGCUUCGGGGGGCUCCCGGCCGCCCCGCCCAGCCCCCCCGGGCCCCGGCUCGCCACCGACUCUGCCGAAUCCCAGCCGCGGACCCCCGUGCUGGGCGAGCCCCGCGCCGGGGGGGACUCGGGGGGUGCCCCGGAGCUCUGGGCCGCCCCGUCCAGCCCGGCCCCGGCGCAGGGCGCCCGCGGCUGGACCGACCUGACGUGGCUGCAGGAGCCCGGCGCCGCCGCCACGGGCCCGCCCAAGCCCCCCGCCGACCGCGGGGGCUCGGAGAUCAUCGACGUCGACUACUACGACCUGUUCGAGGGGGGCCAGGGACUGGGGGGUGCCCCCGGGGCCGGCCGGCGCCGGGAGCCCGAGGGGGCGGCCACGCCCUGGGCCCUGCACGAGCUCUACGACGACUUCACGCCCUUCGACGACGCCGAUUUCUACCCCACCACCUCCUUCUACGCCGACGGGGACGACGAGGACGAGCUGGAGGACGAGGAGGAAGAGGAGGAGGAGGAGGAGGACGCCGGGCUGGAGGACGAGAACGGCUACCGGCCGCCCGCCUCGGCCGCGCCCGCCCCCCGGGACCCCCGGCCCACCGGGCACCGCGCCGCGGCCCCGCCGCCGCCGGGGCCGCCCCAGGGCGCGGGCAGCCCCACGGCCUGGCCGCGGCCCGGCGAGCGGGGCCCGCCCGACAACGGCUCCGAGUGCCGGAGCGGCUACGUGCGGCACAACAGCUCCUGCCGCUCGCUCUGCGAGCUCGUCCCCAGCUACUGCCACAACGGCGGCCAGUGCUACCUGGUGGAGAGCCACGGGGCCUUCUGCCGGUGCAACACGCAGGACUACACGUGGCACAAGGGCACACGCUGCGAGUCCAUCGUCACCGACUUCCAGGUGAUGUGCGUGGCCGUGGGCUCGGCCGCGCUCGUGGUGCUGCUGCUCUUCAUGCUCACCGUGUUCUUCGCCAAGAAGCUCUACCUGCUCAAGACGGAGAACAGCAAACUGCGCAAGACCAAAUACCGCACCCCGUCCGAGCUGCACAACGACAACUUCUCCCUGUCCACCAUCGCCGAGGGCUCCCACCCCAACAGAGAAGCCAAGGGCUUUGCGGAGCCGGAGGAGGAGCGUAGGUCCCUUUAGGCUGCCCCUACCCACGGCCGCUGUUCCCCGUCUUCCGAGCGCCUUUAGCAGCCCUAGCGCCGGCGCGGCCCGGCCGCCCUGGCAGGAGGCUCCGGGGCCGGCUCGCCCCCGCUGCCGACAGGAUGAACCCCGGGAUGGGCUCGGGGCCGCUCCCCGGCGUGUCGCCGGGCGCUGACACAUCCCCCGUCCCCUCCGGAGCUGGAGGGCUCGGCACGCGGUGCCCGGGACGCAGCAGCACUCAGAGGAUGAGGAGGGGUCAGCCCCCCGGGAAGGGGUUUGUGGGGAUCCUGCAGCCGACGGCGCCAGCUCCGGACUGGCCGGGAGCCACUGCCCGGGAGAGGAGAGCCCUGUCCCCGUGUGACGCCGGCCCUUGGCUGUCCCCGUCCGUCUGCCGCUCUCCGCGUGGCACCGGGGGCACCGGGAGCAGCGGGACCGUGCGGGCACAGCCGGAGCCCGGUGCCCGGUGCCGCUGCUCGGGGCCGCGGGAGGAUGCUGCAGCGGGGGCAGCUCGGGAAGAGGCGUGCCCGGCUGUGCCAGCGGCGGGGGCAGCGGCUGUACGCUGAGGAACCGCAAUAAAGCCAGCCCCUCUGGGCUCCUGCCAA